CAAAACAAUCCCAGCAUGGCCAGCCGCUUAUUGGGCGUCUGUAUACGUCACAGUGUAACCCGGAAGUGCAGUGACAGCUCCUCUUAAAAAUCCUUCAUCACUUUCGUGGAACAGCGAAACAAAGCUUGCCAAGAAGCUCAGGCUUUGGACAGACAUGCAGUACUGACACACCUACAGACUGAGAGACCUGACGGACAGAGUCCAGCUGGCGAGUCAUGGCAGCAGCAAGUGGAACAGAUGUGCUAGGGACUUUGAUCUAGACAGUCUCUACAAAGGAUGACCCAGGACAACUGCUGAGGAUGACCCUGUAUGGCGGCUCCCUGCCUCAGCGGUUACUGCUGAAUGGCCUCAACAGCAAGCUUCUGCAGUGAGAGAGAGAUGAGAUGUGACAUCUGAGUGCCGAUAGUUAUUUUUGGAGCCUGGACGUCCUGUUGUGCUGGAUGCAACUCUGCAGCCCUCCGUACAGCAGGUGUUAGUUAAGAGGCGGCCAGCUUGACUGAUUAUUGGCCUUUCCUUCCCCUACACGCCGUGUAACACCUCACUCGACACCUGGCUGGUGCUUCAGCUCAACUCAGGUCAUCUCUGCAUCAAGGUUGGCGAUGUCCAGAGUCUCAAGCCCUCCACCGCCGGCUGAAAUGUCUAGCGGUCCUGUGGCUGAGAGCUGGUGUUAUACUCAGAUCAAAGUGGUGAAGUUCUCCUACAUGUGGACCAUCAACAACUUCAGCUUCUGUCGCGAGGAGAUGGGAGAGGUCAUCAAAAGCUCCACUUUCUCCUCAGGAGCCAACGACAAACUCAAAUGGUGUUUGCGUGUGAACCCUAAAGGCCUGGACGAGGAGAGUAAAGACUAUCUGUCGCUUUACUUGCUCUUAGUCAGCUGCCCAAAAAGUGAGGUGCGUGCCAAGUUUAAGUUUUCUAUCCUCAAUGCCAAGGGAGAAGAGACCAAAGCCAUGGAGAGCCAGAGAGCGUACCGUUUUGUCCAGGGGAAAGACUGGGGGUUCAAAAAGUUCAUAAGGAGGGACUUCCUGCUGGACGAGGCCAAUGGUCUGCUGCCUGAUGACAAACUGACCCUUUUCUGUGAGGUAAGUGUGGUGCAGGACUCUGUUAACAUCUCAGGCCAGAACACCAUGAACAUGGUGAAGGUUCCUGACUGCAGGCUGGCUGAGGAGCUUGGAGAUCUGUGGGAAAACUCUCGAUUCACCGACUGCUCCUUGUGUGUCGCCGGGCAGAAAUUCCAGGCCCACAAAGCCAUCCUGGCAGCUCGCUCGCCGGUGUUCAGUGCCAUGUUCGAGCACGAGAUGGAAGAGAGUAAGAAGAACCGUGUGGAGAUAAAUGACGUGGAGCCAGAUGUCUUCAAAGAGAUGAUGUGCUUCAUCUACACAGGCAAGGCCCCCAACCUGGACAAGAUGGCUGAUGACCUGCUGGCUGCAGCUGACAAGUAUGCUCUGGAGAGGCUGAAGGUGAUGUGCGAGGACGCUCUGUGCACGAGUCUGAGUGUGGAGAACGCCGCCGAGAUCCUCAUCCUCGCCGACCUGCACAGCGCCGACCAGCUCAGGACGCAGGCUGUGGACUUCAUCAACUAUCACGCAGCCGAUGUGAUGGAGACAUCGGCCUGGAAGUCCAUGGUGAUCUCCCACCCGCACCUGGUGGCGGAGGCCUAUCACUCCCUGGCCUCGGCUCAGUGCCCCUUCCUGGGUCCCACGAGAAAACGGCUCAAACAGUCCUAGUGGCGCGAAGAGUCUCUGCUGUCCUCACCCUGCUGUUUUCUGCUCUACCGGCAACCUCACUGCUCCUCCCUCCCAAUCCUCCUCUCUCUCUCUCCUGCAGCAUCCAGAGACGCCCAGGACUGAAACCCAGGCUAGAUAUGGCUAAGAGGAGCUGCUCAGCUGGGCAAACCAGAGAAUUACAGGACUGGUACCACAGAGGAGUGAUUACACGUCUCUGUAGGUGGGGUUGUGGUGAUUUCCAUAAGGUCUACACCAGGAUAUUCAUGGAUUGCAAGCUCAAGGCCUUGCAUGUUCCAUAUAUCCUUUGUCUGCGAAGUUGGAAUGCUAGAACCAUAACCAGUCAGUCACGUAAAGAAGUGAUCUUCUGGAUCAAAAGGAAAAGUCAUUGCUGACUCCCUGUAAAUAAAAUUUGGAUGCGUUUUGUCUUGUACUGUGUUCGAGCCCAAACUGUGCUUACAAAAAUACAAGCGAAGAGGAUCAACCAACGAGAAAGAAAAAGACUAUUGUUCCCAUCGUUGAUGUGUUGAUGUUUUAAACAGUGUUUGUACUUUUUAUUUUAUUUUAUUUUUUUUCCUAGAGCACAAACAAAUCUCAGUUUGAAUAUGAACACGUUUUAAUGUUCACUAUUUAGUCUGUGCCUUAAACCGGGCAAACGCUGUGCCGAAGUUUUGCUUAUUGGUUGUAUUUUGGUGAGCCGCUUGAGGAGGGUCACGAUUCUGCAUUAAUUACCCAAAUAAUAAGAUGAUUGGUUGGAUUUCUGACGUGUUCGUGUGUGGCUGAGUCUGUCGGUAUGUAACAUACCACUAUACUACACUGUGAUUCAGACAGACAGAGCGAAUUAAAGGUGUUUUCAUCACUGUAUUUUUAUGUGCAUUUUAAAAUAUUGUAUUAGAAAAGCUGGAAAAGGAAAACAAACAAACAAAAAAAAAACUAAUGGGAAUGGAACCACCUUUUGCGAGUAAGUUCUGUCGGCAUCUUCCCGGAUAUUCCCACGAGAUUCCCGUUCGCUGAAUAAUUCCCACGUUCCCUUGUAGGUGGGAGCUCGCUUUGUUCCUUCUUCUUCUUUGAGAUUAAUUGCUGAUGUGCAAGAAGAGUGUUUUUGUUUCUGGUUCCCAACCUUUGCAUUACAUUUCCUCUACUCUCUUCACUACAGUCGCGUGUGAUGUGUCCUAAACCAGCAGCUUCUGAUGGAACAGCUUUCUGUGUGGCCUUCUUCACGUGUUCCAUGUUUUUCUUCGUUUCUUCUUACUUUCUGUUGAUAAUAAAAUUGCACAGUAUUAAUAGCGUCCGUCUCUCUUUUCGUCAAUGAAUGAAUUGUCACUGGACAAAAUCAGGCUCCAUUCUUAUAUUCACAGUUGGUUUUCAGUCAGCCUGCUCAGUUGAAACAUGAAAGUCGAAGGUCCUGGACGUGUGGAAAAGCAGCUUAGAAGAUUACUUAAACUGCACAGUGUCUGCCUGGCUUUAAAUAAAAAUGAUCAUAAUGAAAAAAAUCUUUUUACUCACCUGUUACCACAGUUCAUUUCCUGUGACUGGAACAAUAUUUUGGGUUCUGAACCUGUAAAAUAAAGGCGUUUUGAAUUUUA